AUGUCAGACCACAUACCUUUGGAAAUUCAACUCGAAAUCAUUAAAAAGCUUCCUAUAAAGUCACUGAUACAGUUCAGAUCCGUUUCCAAACCAUGGAAGUCUACGAUCGAUUCGUCUGAUUUCAUUGCGGAUUACACAUGCUCGAGUGCUCGACUGCAACAUCUGCUGCUUAUAAGUUACCAAAAUCCGUCAUCUGAGAAAAUAUAUGUUUCCGUUGUCGAUGAUGACAUGUUCCCCCAAAACAUGGUUUCCCCUACUCAUGUUCCUGCGUCGGUUAACCUACUUAGGGAUUCCAUUGUAGUUGGUACCUCUCAUGGAUUGGUUUGCCUGUUUGGUUAUUAUCGAAAUCCAGGUGAUUUUAAAUGUGGAACCGGUACGGCCAUGUCCGUUCUUUGGAAUCCGUUGAUCAGAAAAUCAGUUGCUAUUCACGUGCCUGAUGUAGAUUGGCCUGGGGAACCUGCUUUUGGUUUCGGAGUAUGUCCUGCAACUAGUGACCCUAAGAUUGUAAAGAUUAACGAGAUGCGUACGCAUAAGAAGAUGAAAGGUGAAACUUGCAGCAGCCGUUGGCAGGUUGAGGUUUUCAGUUUAAGUUCGGGGAUUUGGAGAAGUUCAUUAGGUAGUUUUCCUUGUAACUUGGUUGAGUUUGAUUGGCCUCACUCUCAGGUUUCCUUAGAUAGGUUUAUUUACUGGUUUGGUGCCGGUGGUACUGAAUUUCGUCUUAUUGUUUCAUUUGAUUUGUCAAGUGAAGAAUUUGGAGAAAUAUACCUUCCGGUUGAGUUGGCAUUGCAUAAUCCAAUGCAGUUGUUUUUGUGUAAGCGAAGUGAUUCCCUAGCGGUUCUUAAAAAGAAUAUAAAAAGAGAGCAAUAUGAAGUGUGGAUACCCGAGAAUGGUGUUUCAAAAUGGUUUAUGAAGCUUUUCACUGUUAACAUGCCAAAUGAAUUCGUACACACGACAAGUUUGCCACUGGAGUUUAGGAGGAAUGGUGAACUUAUGAUGGCAAUAUCAGAUGACACUGAUGAUUCUGAAGAUCUUGUAGUUUAUGAACCCUUGUCAGAACACAUCAAUGAUCUUGGGAUUAAAGGACGAUGCGAUUCAUUAGUUGUAAGCUCGUACACAGAAUCUAUAAUUCUGCUUGAUCAGUAA